GCAACACUUACUCUGCUGACCCUUCCAGCUCCAGUUAGACCAGUAAAUCCCCGAGCAUCUCCAGGUUCUUACUGGGAUUUCUGGAGAACAUUUGCUCUUUCCAGGUCCAGAAGUCCGAACCGGACCACGACCGGGCCUGUUUCCGGGGGUUAGUCUGUGCCGAAGGAACCUCCAGAGCGGAGCGUCUGAUUGGCCUAGCCGCCGGCAGGGCGGAGCGUCUGAUUGGCCUAGCCGCCGGCAGGGCGGAGCGUCUGAUUGGCCGAGCCACCUGGCGCCAACAUGCCGUCCAACAAGUCCGUGUCCGACGCUCCCAUCAUCCAGUUCACCAACUGCAGAAUCCUGAGGGAGCACAAGCUGCAGAGGGAGGACCUGUGGGUCCGGGACGGGAAGAUCCUGGACCCGGAGAAGCUGUUCUUUGACGAGCAGGGCUACGCCGACCGCCGCCUCGACUGCGCAGGCGCCAUCGUCGCCCCGGGCUUCAUCGACGUCCAGAUCAACGGAGGCUACGGUGUGGACUUCUCCCAGCCCUGCGAAGACGUCUCCACCGGAGUGUCUCUGGUGGCCAAGAAGAUCCUGGAACACGGCGUGACGUCCUUCUGUCCCACCCUGGUCACGUCUCCGCCCGCCGUCUACCACCAGGUUCUGCCUCAGAUCAACGUUCACAAUGGAGGACCUGAAGGAGCUGGAGUCCUGGGGUUCCACCUGGAGGGUCCGUUCAUCAGCUCGGAGAAGCGGGGCGCCCACCCGGAGCGGUUCUUGAGGACGUUCCGGUCUGGAGGGACGGACGACCUGAUGGAGACCUAUGGCAGCCUGGACAACGUUGCCAUGGUGACGCUGGCCCCCGAGCUGCCCCACAGCCAAUCAGUGGUCAGCACGCUGCGGCAGAAAGGCGUCACUGUGUCUCUAGGACAUUCAGUGGCCAACCUGUCCCAGGCGGAGGAUGCCGUGCGCCACGGGGCCUCCUUCAUCACCCACCUGUUCAACGCCAUGCUGCCGUUCCACCACCGCGACCCGGGCAUCGUGGGUCUCCUGACCAGCGACCAGAUCCCGGCAGGUCGCACUGUGUUCUACGGGAUGAUCGCUGAUGGGAUCCACACCAAUCCGGCCGCCCUGCGCAUCGCCCAUCGGGCGCACCCGUCAGGGCUGGUGCUGGUGACAGACGCCAUCACGGCAAUGGGCCUCCCUCCGGGCCGCCACACGCUGGGCCAGCAGGUCGUCCAGAUCCAGGGACUGCACGCCUACGUGGCAGGCACCAAGACGCUGAGCGGCAGCAUCGCCACCAUGGACAUGUGCGUUCGCCACUUCAAGCAGGCUGCAGGCUGCAGCGUGGAGGACGCCCUGGAGGCGGCGGCGCUGCAUCCGGCCCGGUUGCUCGGUAUCAGCCACAGAAAGGGCAGCCUGCACUAUGGCGCCGACGCAGACCUGGUUCUGCUGGACGACGGGCUUCGGGUCAGAACCACCUACAUCUCUGGAGAGGAGGUCUGGAGGGCAGAACUAUAGAAGAACCUGUGUGCCUUCAGAUUGCUGCUUCUUGUUUUAUAAAGAACAUGGUUCUGGUUCUGGACCAGUACAGUCUGUGGUUCUGUUGCCAGCGGUUCUCCACCUGAUGUGGCCAAUAUGGUGUCCAGAAAAUAAAAAAUAAGAACUUUC